UGACCGCCACAAGAACGCCGCGUGACGUCACCGCCAGACCCAGUAUAUAAGGCGGCCAGAUGAGCAGCUAGGCACAGUCAACCUUCAGACGGUCAAGAGUCAACAUGAACACAAAGGUCUUCUUCCUCCUGGCGGGCGUGGCCGUGGCCCUUGCAGCCCCUGACCGCCGCCCAGCAACCAGCUACGGCGUCCCAAGGGAAUCUGCCUCCUUCGAACACUUCCGCCCCUCAUCCGGCUCCUUCGAGCACUCUGGCUCCUUCGAACACUUCCGCCCCUCAUCCGGCUCCUUCGAACACUCUGGCUCCUUCGAACAUUUCCGCCCCUCAUCCUCCUCCCGCUCCUUCGAGUCCUACGAGUCCGGCGAGUCCACCGAGGCCAAGUACGCCUUCCAGUGGUCCGUAGAGGACGACUCUACCGGCAACGACUUCGACCACAAGGAAGCCCGUGACGGCGACGACACCCAGGGCGUGUACACCGUGCAGCUUCCCGACGGCCGCCUGCAGACCGUCACUUACGUCGUGGACGGUGACGACGGCUACGUGGCCGACGUCAAGUACGACGGCGUGGCUCGCUACCCCGACUCCCACUCCCGCGAGUCCUUCGAGUCCCGCUCCUUCGAGUCCUUCAACUCCGACUCAGGCUCCUUCGAGUCCUACGCUCCCCCAAGGAGGACUUACUUCGCUCCUGGCUCCAACGAGUCCAAGUAAACAGUGAAGAAAGCUCAACUCCCGCCAUGACCUCGCCUGAAGAUCUUUUAAACCGUCAAAAACUUCUCUUUUAACUUAUUCCUUGUGACUGAGUGCCUCUUGUAAAUUAUUG